AUGUGCCUUCAGAAAUUUGGAUUGUUUACAGGUGCCAUCUUGACAAUAGGGAUUACUGUGAUGAUAAUAGUGGGAAACACUCUGGUUGUACUUUCAGUAGCCAUGCAUCCACCACUACGGCAAGUGCAAAAUAGUCUACUGAUCUCACUGGCUGUGACCGAUCUGGCUGUCGGAUUAUUUGUUGUUCCUCCGAACAUCGUGACAAAUAUGUACACUGGUCGAUGGAUUUUUGGUCAAACGUUGUGUACUGUACAUGUUGCUAGUGAUAUUUUUUUCAGUACGGCGUCCAUCUUACAUUUGUGUGCCAUCGCUGUGGACCGGUAUUUGUUACUCCGGUAUCCGACUUAUUACUUGAGCCGAAGAACAAUCACUGGUUUUCUCUUCAUGAUUACGUUAGUCUAUCUUUUGAGCGCUGUUAUUGUGGUCCCACCAAUAUUUGGCUGGGCAGCACCCAGGUAUCUGGUCGCAACUAACGUGACUGAUGGUGGAUCAUACUGUGUGAUGAACAGUGAGAUUGUAUAUGUCAUAUACUCCUCCGUAGGCUCGUUUUAUUUGCCCGCCAUUUUCAUUUUGAUCCUGCAUUUGAAGCUAUUUCGUCUCGUGCGAACUCGACUGAAAAUCAAGCGAAAAAGCGCACUGAACGCAGCGGCUCGCUCACGUCUCAAUGCUGAGGCUGGUGUGUCCGGUUUCGAGGGUCCUGUGUCACGAAAACCCAAUGAACUAGCGCAUAGUCAAUUGGUGUUCGACGAGCAUCAAUCCAUAAACAAAUGUUUUAUUUUGCCGUCAAAAGAUCACAACUGGCUUCUGUGUCCGGCUUGUGGGAAGUCACUGUAUUGCUCGAUAAACCAAAGCAGUUCAUAUUUGUACCCAAACCCACCUUUCGGGGGACUCAAUGCACCAAAUGGAUGUCAUCGCUCAACUAAUUUUGAUGUGGUUCACCUGAUUAGAUAUUCCUCGAACAAAUCUAUUCCGGUUGGUUCAUCUUCAUUCAACCGGUACAGCGUGGAAAAGGGGAGAACUGAUUUUCCCACAAUGCAAAAGAAUGCUGCAUCAUCCAAGCAAACUUCGAAUCUUAUCCUUCAAAUAAAAGAUUCAACUUCAUCGACACAAUCUCAGUGGUUACAUGCAAACCUAGCCACUCAGGUCCACUGGCACAUGAUUCAAAGAUUUCCUCGAUCGCACAGUGAAAUUUGUCUACCAGAUCAUCACUCAAUGUGCCCCAUUACAGACUCACGAUUCGGGGCGUUUGGUUUAUCAUCUCGAGCUGAAAUGACACAUACCAUCAGUGACCUUUUCAAAUGCGAAUUUUCGGAACGAAACAAUGAGGAAAACUUGUGUAACGAAAGCGUAACCAGCAAAGGAAACCGAGCUAUUGGUUUGUCACAAACGACCUCAUUGGGAACGGCGGCCAAGCUACGUGAACAAAUAUCUAUGAAUCAAGAGCGUCGAGCAGCGCGUACACUGUCCAUCAUUGUGGGCGCAUUUAUUUUGUGCUGGCUGCCGUUCUUUGUCAUGUACGUACUCACUGCGAUUUGUCGAGAACAGUGUGCUCCUGCCUGGAAUGUGCAACAGCUAAUCACUUGGUUAGGCUACUCAAACAGUGCGAUAAACCCGAUUGUCUAUACGACGUUCAAUCAUGAUUUUCAAACGGCAUUACACAGACUAACGCGUUAUAGGAAAUAA